ACAAGGACGGCGAGCGGAUGCAAUCAACUUCUUUUCUUCUGUGGUGUGGCGGAUGCCAUGCUGUUCUUGGGCAAGCCGCACGCGCAGGUGGCAUGGAGUCUGCUUCAGCAGGGAAGGCACAUCUUGGCCGUGGAUGGGGACACAACGCAGCUCGAAUACACCGUGCAGUAUGCCACCCAUGAAGUGUCGUCCAAGGCUUACCCAUGCCAUUUCCACCAUAUCGUGGUCGAGGCCGUUUAUGACCCGAACAAGAACAUGUUCUUUAAGUUGACUCUGAAGAAAAGGCGCCAGGUCUACUCCUUCCUUUACGGUGAACAACCAAGGUUGAGAUUUGACCCGCAGUACGUGGUGCGGAAGGAAGUCGCCAUUGCGGUCCUCCAGGGCUACCACGGAGCGAGUCGGGCUGGCGUUGUGAGCUUCAUGAAGAGGCUGGAAUAUGUAUUUUUUAACGAGGAUGUCGUCGAUCCGGCCGACUUCACUUUGGAUAACUACAAGCUGGCAUUCGGUGAGGAGGACGAUUUCAAUAUCGAGACUGAGGAGAAGGAGAGCGUUGAGGACAACCUCUUCGAUUUGGACGGGCAAUUGGUCAUCUUCAACGCCCAAGUUUCUGAGUCGCCGUCAGUAUGCAAACCGGGGACACCUCUCGCUACACCCACCUCGGGCGGCCCCACGCCCGUGUCCUCCUCAGCGCCUGUCAAGGGGGGUGGGUUGUCCCGUCUGAGGAGUUCGCCGGGGGAGCCUAUUCGUUUCAGACCGCAGCCCGAACGUCUUCGACCCGGCCAUCCAGUUCCUCCGGACCAUCCGCAUCUCAAGGCUCCUGCGACUCCCUUCCACAUGGGCGACAAACACACCUUCUCCACAUCCGAAGAUUGGGGCCAUGAUAUCGUGUGGCAUCCAGACCAUUUUCAGCCAGUCCUUCUCGACGGUGAAUGGGCAGUGGUUGUGAGGGACUCAAAUAAAUUGUUGGAAGUAUCGUCCGCAUUCUACGCCCUUCCGUCAAGCCCGUCAAUUAACCAAGUGAGUGGGGAGUUGCCAGCGGGCACCCAGACGGCAGGAGUUGUGAAGCGCAAGUCUCGCAGAAAGGAUGGCGAAGGGGAUGGUGAAGGCGGCGGGCAACGAGGUACCGGAGGUGGAAGUGAACAGCGUUCAACGAAACAGCGGUCUCCGGGGCACGCAGGCGGCGGAAAGGGGAAAACGGGCAGCCGGGAGAAGAAAAAGCCUCGAAGCGGAGACAAGACAAAGCAUCACACAAGAGAUGGGCAGGGGUCCGAUGUCGACCUCGACGAGGACGGUGGGGUUCUGGCGGUGACAGGCAGCACCUCAAUGGAGACGGGGAACGACUUGAGGCCUGGGUGGCUUACACGGCCUGGCGAGCAGGACCCUGUGAUUAGCUCCACCAGCACAACACAGUAUACCAAUGCUGUUGGCGGGGCAGUUGUAGCAAAGAAUGGAACUUGCUUCGCUAAGCUCCAAAAACGGUUGGCCGAUUGUCUCGGAUCUAUCCGAACCUCGGAGACGACAUCGUCGUCCGGAACUCUGUGCCUUCCGGGAAGCGAGACGACAAUAUACCACGGAUCCGACAUCGACAAGCUCCAACCAUGUUCGGUUUCACCUCAAAAGGAAGUUCGGAUUAAUCCGAGCCGGGAAGCCAGUACUGUUGAGAGAGCACAACGGUCUCCGGAACUCGAACGGGUGGUCCGGGUUUCCGAAAACCCUGGCGGCAAAAUUCGGAUUCAUCCGAACCAGAAGGACGUCUCCGCCAUGACAGACGACCGGUGUCAGGACACCGUAAUGCUGUGCAUGGAAGUCCACAAGGAGCUGCAGGCAGACUGUCCGACAGAGGGUGAGUUAGUGACCAGUUUAAAUGUCGAGCCCCGCACACUCGGAGCAGAAUGCCUGGUGACGGUACGCGCUGAGUUAGCAGUCUUAAGCCACUCUCCGGUGAAAGCGGACACGUCGUCGCCGUUGGAAACUGUGGGGGCUCGGAUGAAUCCGAACCAGGGCCCUUUGAGCAUGUCCCUCCCUGAUGCAGGUUUGGAGACGACCAUAAUUCGGAUUCAUCCGAGACACACGGAUGAAGGACUUGACGGUUGUCGACUUCUGACGACUUUGGACAAGGACGAUUCCGCCGACGACCGGAUUGAUCCGACACUCGGCGACGUCGGGAUGGAGCAACCAGUUCAGCUGGCAUACGAUGACCCCUUGUACUCCGGCCUUCACGACGAGGUGAUAGGAGAGGACGUUCUGAAGAAGUCCUCUGACGCUGUUGGAGAUAGAUUUCUCUAUUUGAGUGAUGACGAUAAAGACACAGCGCACAACGACAAGAAGUUAAGGGGGGGAGAGGUGUUGUUGGACAUCCAUGGGACCUUGAGCACAACACAAUGCGACACAGUGGCGACGGAGGAAACCCAACCUGUCGAUGUUGUGGACGUCGACGCUCUUUGUCCGGAGACGGACAGACUAAAAUUGCCCGUCGCGAACGUGGAGGAUUUUCGCCAUCGGGAUGGGGAUGAAUUCAUGCCAUUUCCGGUCAUCGACGCCGACAUCUCGAACCUGUCAAGUUUCCCUGUGAGUUUGGAGCACAUCGUCGCCGCGUCACCGCGCACGGGGGCGCCAAUCGUGUUGGGACUGUCAUCGGUGGGCUCUGGUGACGUUGAAGCUAAGCUUGGUAAGCACUGUCUUCCUCUGCUUGCUUCCCGCUCGUCAGCUCGUUUGUGAAGUGUUGUUUGCUUCGUCGAUUUCGGGGAGGUGUGUACGCGGCCGCCAACUG